AUGGCAGAAUACCAAGAUACUACCAUAGCUACCCACCACAUUGGGCAGUUCUUUCUACAAGCUGAGAAGGAGAAGACCAUGGGUCCGAAGGAUGCUAUGAAUAAUCUGCAGGAUGGAGCCAAGUCUCCACAGACUCCAAACAAGAACCAGCAGACUGGAGCUACCAGUAUGGAGACUACAAGCAAGAAAAUCCAGAAGGCUCAGCAAAAGGCUGUCAGAAAGGCCGAUAUCACUCGCAAAGGCUCAGCCUGA